AUGUCGACAAAUAGUAAUUUUGAGCAGCCUACAGUAGUAAUGGGUUGUCAAUGUGCUCUGGUCUCGGCCGGAUAUUUGGCCAUUUUUGCGGUCGCCUAUCGACUUUUGACAUCGAUUUGGAACAUUGUUGGACCCUAUGUGCUCUUUUCGCCGAUUGAUUUGAAGAAAAGAGCGGGAGCUGGAUGGGCGGGUGAGUGAGGUUUUUGGGAGCGGGAAAUGGGGAAUUCUGAAGUUUUGGGGAAAAAUGAGGAAUUUUGAGUCCAAAUUUGAAUUUUUCAUGAAAAAUCUCAGAUUUUGAGUCCAAAUUUGAAAAGAAUCGGAAAUUCUGAAGGUUUUUGGUGAAAAUCAUGUAUUUUGAUUGUAAAUUGGAAGAAAAUUGAGUUUCUAAAGGGUUUUGGUACCGAACGUAAUAAAAUUGAGCAUUUUUAUUAUGAAAUUUGAAAGUUUUAUGAAAAAUCCUCAAUUUUAAGUGUAAAUUGGAAGAAAAUGACGAAAAUUUGCAUUUUUUGAUACCGAAUUUGAAAAAUAUGAAUUUUCUAGUUGAAAUUCAGAGAAAAUGUUGAUUUUUACCGGGUUUUUCAUUAAAAAAGUGAAAAUUCACGAAAAUUUUAAUAGAAAAGGUGUUUUUUCCACAUUUUUUGCACAAUUUUCGAGUUCUCUGAUCAGCAAAAAAAAUCACGAUUUCAAAAAAAAUUUUUGCUGAUUAGAAACUUUUUUUCUCUUAUCAGAGUUCUUUGUAGCCGUUUUUUUGAUAACACAAAAACCAUGGAACAAGAGAAAAUAAGAUGGUUUUUGGGGGAAAUCCCAAUAUUUUUGCAGUUGUAACUGGAGCCACUGAUGGAAUUGGAAAAGCCUAUGCUUUCGAAUUGGCUCGAAGAGGAUUCAACGUUUUUUUGGUUUCAAGAACACAGUCGAAAUUGGAUGAGACAAAGAAGGAGAUUUUGGAGAAGUAUCAGGUGAAUUUUUGGGAUUUUCACUCAGCAAAAAAUUCUGAAAUUCCUGAAUAAUCCCUUUUUUUUCUAUUCAGAACAUUGAAAUCCGCACAUAUUCCUACGAUUUCACAAAUGCCGCUGUUUCCGGAUAUCAAGAUUUGUUGGCCGAAUUGAACCAGGUUGAAAUCGGAGUUCUGAUCAAUAAUGUUGGAUUGAGCUAUGAAUAUCCAGAAGUUUUGCACAAAGUUGAUGGAGGAAUCGAGAGAUUGGCUAAUAUCACAACAAUUAAUACAUUGCCACCAACUUUGGUGGGUUUUCGGCGGAUUUUUGACUAAAAAUCUCUUUUUUUUUCAGCUCUCCGCUGGAAUUUUGCCACAAAUGGUUGAACGAAAAGCUGGAGUUAUCGUAAAUGUUGGCUCAUCUGCUGGAGCUAAUCAAAUGACCCUUUGGGCUGUUUAUUCGGCUACAAAGGUGAGCAAAGGAAUUGAGAAAAAAUGCCGGUACCCAAUUCUCCCCUAUUCCUUCACAUUUUCCAAAACAUCUCGAAAAAGUGGAUAUUUCCAUAUUUUGGGAUGGGAAAAUGCGCGGGAAUUUGGGAGUUUUGAGUGCCCGCGCAUGGGGAACCUAUGCCCGAUUUUUCCAGGAGGAAUUUUUGAGCCUAGAAUUUCUAGACAAAAAUACAUUUUUGGCUGUUUAUUCGGCUACAAAAGUGAUUUUUUUCAAAAUAUCUCAAAUUUUCUAUGAUAAAAACUGAAAUUGAAAAAUGCCGGUACCCAAUUCUCCCCUAUUCCUUCACAUUUUCCAAAACAUCUCGAAAAAGUGGAUAUUUCCAUAUUUCGAGAUGGGAAAAUGCGCGGGAAUCUGGGAGUUUUGAGUGCCCGCGCAUGGGGAACCUAUGCCCAAUUUUUUCAGGAGGAAUUUUUGAGCCUAGAAUUUCUAGACAAAAAUACACUGUUUAUUCAGCUAAAAAGGUGAUUUUUUCAAAAUAUCUCAAAUUUUCUAUGAUGAAAACUGAAAUUGAAAAAUGCCGGCACCCAAUUCUCCCCGAUUCCUUCACAUUUUCAAAAACAUCUCGAAAAAGUGGAUAUUUCCAUAUUUCGAGAUGGGAAAAUGCGCGGGAAUCUGGGAGUUUUAGGUGCCCGCGCAUGGGGAACCUAUGCCCAAUUUUUUCAGGAGGAAUUUUUGAGCCUAGAAUUUUUAGAAAAAAAUACACUCUGGGCUGUUUAUUCGGCUACAAAAGUGAUUUUUUCAAAAUAUCUCAAAUUUUCUAUGAUGAAAACUGAAAUUGAAAAAUGCCGGCACCCAAUUCUCCCCGAUUCCUUCACAUUUUCAAAAACAUCUCGAAAAAGUGGAUAUUUCCAUAUUUCGGGAUGGGAAAAUGCGCGGGAAUCGGGGAGUUUUGGGUACCCGCGCAUGGGGAACCUAUGCCCAAUUUUUUUCAGGAGGAAUUUUUGAGCCUAGAAUUUUUAGACAAAAUACAUUUUUGGCUGUUUAUUCGGCUACAAAGGUGAUUUUUUCAAAAUAUCUCAAAUUUUCUAUGAUGAAAACUGAAAUUGAAAAAUGCCGGUACCCAAUUCUCCCCGAUUCCUUCACAUUUUCAAAAACAUCUCGAAAAAGUGGAUAUUUCCAUAUUUCGCGAUGGGAAAAUGCGCGGGAAUCGGGGAGUUUUGGGUACCCGCGCAUGGGGAACCUAUGCCCAAUUUUUUCAGGAGGAAUUUUUGAGCCUAGAAUUUUUAGACAAAAUACAUUUUUGGCUGUUUUUUUUUUCAAAAUAUCUCAAAUUUUCUAUGAUGAAAACUGAAAUUGAAAAAUGCCGGUACCCAAUUCUCCCCGAUUCCUUCACAUUUUCAAAAACAUCUCGAAAAAGUGGAUAUUUCCAUAUUUCGCGAUGGGAAAAUGCGCGGGAAUCGGGAAGUUUUGGGUGCCCGCGCAUGGGGAACCUAUGCCCAAUUUUUUCAGGAGGAAUUUUUGAGCCUAAAAUUUCUAGACAAAACAUACUGUUUUGGCUGUUUUUUUUCAAAAUAUCUCAAAUUUUCUAUGAUAAAAACUGAAAUUGAAAAAUGCCGGCACCCAAUUCUCCCCUAUUCCUUCACAUUUUCCAAAACAUCUCGAAAAAGUGGAUAUUUUCAUAUUUCGAGAUGGGAAAAUGCGCGGGAAUUUGGGAGUUUUGAGUGCCCGCGCAUGGGGAACCUAUGCCCGAUUUUUUCAGGAGGAAUUUUUGAGCCAGGAAAGCCUGAAAUCUUUCCAGAAAUACGUCUCAUGGCUGUCUGGAAUCCUUCGCAAAGAAUACGAAUCUCACGGAAUCACAAUUCAAACAAUCGCCCCAAUGAUGGUUGCCACCAAAAUGAGCAAAGUCAAAAAGACAUCAUUCUUCACACCAAAUGGUGAACAAUUCGUCAAAUCCGCCCUGAACACAAUUGGAAAUGCGGCCGACACAACUGGCUAUAUUUCACAUCAACUUCAACUUGAAGUGAUGGAUUUGAUUCCGGAAUUUAUUCGGGAUAAGAUUUUGACAAAUAUGAGUUUUGGAACGAGAAAAGCCGCGUUGAGAAAGAGAGAAAGAGAAGCGAAAUCGCAAUGA